AUGAUAGAGUAGUGACACCUAUUGGUUGAGACAUUGAUUGACGAGUGACAAGAAAAUGACAACAAUUAUUAGUGGAAGUGUUUGAGUGAUCGGUGUUUUUAAUUGCAAUUAUCGGUUGGUGUUUGUGGACAAUGUCUGCCUGUAUGGUCUCGAGUUGGUUGUAUGAGAAGCGGCCACUAAAACGGGCCAAAUUAGGUCCACCCGAUUUCUACCCACAGGAUCCCAAACAGAAAGAGGAUGAGUUGACGGCUGUGAAUGUGAAGCAGGGCUUCAGCAACAACUCGUCGAUCACUGAAGAGUACGGAUCGGCGCGUAAUACUAAUAUUACUCCCAAUAAGUUUGGGUCGUAUUUCAGUGCAUUGUUGGCCAAAAAGUUGGAAAUCAAUACACUUCCCGAAUGUAGUCGAAAAAGACAACAAAUCAAUGUUAAGGACAACAUAUGGUUCGUAACAUCGAAGUCGAAGAACGCCGUCGACCAGUGGUUCAAGGAUUUGGCGUCCAAUACAAAGACAUUGUCGCAGUUGUCUCGAAAAGUGCCAAUUUUUAACAAGAAAGAGGAGAUCUUCUCCAGUCUCUAUGAAUUCAAAAUACCAUUGUUUAAGGCCCAGUGGUUUAUUAAGAUGUCAGCCGCACAUCACUUAGCCAUCAGUGAGAGUAACAAUAAGAAGUCAAAGCGUCAAAUGCCGGAUCAAUCGCAAGAGUGGACGAAUGCAUUGUGUAAAUUUCUUCGGGAACAAUACCAGAAGAUGUGUGAGUACUAUCACGGAGUGCCACCAACUACGACAAACACAGCAUCGGCUCCCCUUCCCGUGUCAUUAACCAGCGAUGAAAUUCCCAAACAAUGGCAAUACUAUACACAACUUACCAAACAUAUGUUUGACGACGGCUUACUCGACAAACAUGACUUCCUGUCUUGGCUUUUGGAUCUGCUCGAGAAAAUCAAAACACCUGACGAUACAGUUAUCGCUAUUGUCAAUCCAUUGAUCAUUCAAUAUGUUGAUGAGUUUACCCAAUCGGAACAUUUGUCCCGCAAGUUAGCCUACCAGUGCGCUAAAAAAUUGAACCAAUUAGUGACAGAUUAUAAUUUGGGACAAACUCUCGAUGUGAAUGUUGACACCAACGCCAACGUCAGUGGCGACGAUCUUAAAAAUACCGGCGAUAAGAGUGGUAACAAUAUUACAAAUAAUUCUGUAAUCGGAUCCAAUGCUAACACAAACACCAACAACAAUGCGACUGCAAAUGGACCCAAUAGUAUACAGACUGUGGGAACUACUGACCAAAAUCAGAGCUCAAGCGCUCAGUUAAUAUCAUGUUUCAAUGAGUUGACUGAUUGUUCUCAUCAUCGAAAUGUCAUAUUAGGCCUUUCGGUGAUAUUACAGAUCAUAACACUGGACUGUCCGACAGCUCUGGUUUGGCUUAAUUUGGGCGAAACGAAGACAGCUCUUAGCCUUCAGGGCUCACCACUGGACUAUCUUCCAUGUGAACCAUCAAAUCUACCGAUGCCUACUCGUUCUCAUAAUCAAUAUCUUCGAAAUGAAUUGCAAAUUGCCGAAGAACAGAUCCGACAACGAAGCAAAAUGUCCGAAAUGAGGUGGUUUUGCGAUCGGUGGCAACAAACGGCCGGCACUACUGUCAACAAACUAUUGACUGUAUUGGACUCAUUGGACAGACAUUGUUUUGAUAAACUUGAUGCCAACAACUCGAUGGACACACUCUUCUCAAAGAUAUUUACGCCAUUCAAUAAUAGCAAUGCAACGAAUGCCCCAAUUACUGGGAAUAGUCCCACAAACAAUGCCACCACUACUAGUGAGACUACUACUCGAAAUGUGACUGAAGUGUUAGCUGAAGAUGAAUCGAUAGUUAAGUUGUUAUGCGAGUGGGCUGUGACUACUAAAAGGACAGGUGAACACAGGGCUCUAGUAGUAGCUAAACUGUUAGAGAAGAGACAAACAGAGUUAAUGAUGGAAAAGGAAAGUGAAAAUAUUGAGGAAAUGGAUGUCGAAUCAACACCUAAUGUUAAGAGUGAAACCAAUACCGAUAGUACUUCGGAAUCGCCAACAAAGAGUACUAAUAAAACGAACAAUACGUCGUUGACUGACUCGCAACUGUCGACACCAGUGUUUGAAAACAUUUUGCUUCACUUUCUGGAUACACAGUCACCCGUAUAUGAAGACAAAAUCGGACUCAAUAGUAGUGAUAAUAAGCAGGCGUUUUCAAACUUAAUAUUAUUAUUCGGUGAAUUAAUCCGAAGAGAUGUUUUCUCGCAUGACUUGUAUAUGUGUACACUUAUAUCGCGCGGACAGUUCUCCAACUCUCCAAACACGCCAUUAGUGACACACAACUCGAAUACUUCUAAGAGUUCGACUCUUGAGGAGCCGUCAUCGUUGGCCGGUUUUGUGCCGAAUCUUUCCGCUAACACUGAUCUCUCGAAUCACAAUCAUUUAGGUGGACUCGUGGCUAACGGUAUCCAAAAGAGUACAUCCAGUUCAUCACUUCCAAUGUUUGACCCAUUGUCUAAUAAUUCUAAUGCUGGACAAUCGGAUUUCAAUAUGACAUCCAUGGAUGUGGAUGACAAUAAUUUAGAUGAAGAUCUCGACAAAUUACUGCAACACAUUAAAGCUGGACAGCAAAACAUGUCUGACCAGGCAGUCAAUCAUAAGAAACAGCGCAAAGUUUUGUGGCGCUCUUUGGGAUCCUUUGGUUUGUUUUCUUCAGUUUGCAAUACAAGCAAUAACUUUAACAGUCAUUUCAAUGACUUACUGCUACCCGAUUCAGUUGAGUCCGACAAAGAGGACGACCCCACCGCCACUGGUGGGUUAGGCACUCACUCGACAACAUUCCCGAUGCCUGAUAUGCCGGCCAAAAAUGCUACAAAUAGACACCUGUUAUAUACAAUGCAUUUUCCAUUACCUCAGGACGAGACGUUUGCUCACGACGUCAACCAACGACAUGUCUUACUGUACGGCGUCGGCAAAGCUAAAGACGAGGCCAAACACGCCGUCAAAAAGAUAACCAAAGAAAUUACUAAAUUGUUUAACAGAAAAUCAUCGAUGGAUAUUAGCGACGGCGGAAAAGUUAAAAAGCAUGCCAUCAAAGAGGGAUUCAAUUUCGAGUCAGCCAUUAAUAAGUUUCAAUCGCUAUCGACUUUCGAUCAACACGUUGUCACUAAUUCAUGCGCCACAGCAGCAGUUGAAAUGUUAAAUGGAGUGGCCAUUGGAAGUGCUAAUUAUUUACCACUUAUUGAGGCGAUUGCUUUUCUCUUUGAUUUAAUGGAAAUGGCACUUAAUGUUUACGGAUUGAUUGAGUUUGUCAUUCAAAUGCUUAAAGAAUUGGUUGAAGUGGACAUUCAAUUGCAUCAAAAAUGUCCAAUUCUUGAGAGAACUUAUUGUACAUCAAUUGGUCUCUAUAUUGUUGGUGUACUUUACAGAUACCAAAGUUGUUUACUGGUAUCACACGAGGAAACGUUAGCCGUAUUUGAAGGACUUUGGCAAUUGGUUCGACAUGUGAAGAAUCCGAGUGAUUGUUCAUCAGCUGAAAGAUGUAUACUUUUCUAUUUAUGUGAUCUUCACUCAUCCUAUUAUCACCUGAGACUCAACAAACAUCACGACUCAAACAGCUUUGCGACGAUGUUAUCGGAGAUAAAAAAGAUGAAUAAUAACGGACCUCAACUAAGAGAGCAUCCGGAGAGCAGUAGGACUGCUGGCACUGCAGGUCAGAGCACAUCAAUAAUGGCUGAAUAUCUAAAGAAUCCUAAACUUAAAGUCGAGUCCAGUCAUAUACGCAAUCUUAAUGACAACACAUCGGAUCGGUACUCAUUUGUCUGCAGUGCCAUCCAAUGUAUAUCAAUGGCCAAUGAUAUCGACAAACUUAAUGAGAUGUCUGUUUUAUGCGCUGAACUGACCGCUUCUUGUUCUCAUUUAAGCACUGAAUGGUUAUGUGUUUUGAAAGCACUUUGUUGUUCAUCAAAUCCAAAGAGUUAUUCCGAAUUGUUGUCUCACGUGGAGGUCAGCGACCUAUCAAUUCAUGACAAUUUGGCUGUCUUUACGUCUAUUUUGAUCGCCAGACGUUGUUUCUCACUUAAAGACUUUAUACUUCAAGUUGCAGUACCAUCAUUGUUGGCUCCAUCAUCGACUGAGGCUCCCGAAGAUGCUGAACCCGGUGCCCGACUUACGUGUCAUCUUUUGCUUUGUCUUUUUAAGACAUCAGAGACUCCUCUUUCAUCCAACACAAUGACAUCAUUUGCCACAUCAUCGCGUUAUUCACUUACAAGUCCUGGUCCUCUUGUAUUGGCACAGACACCACCCAACCCCAGUCAGAAACCACAUUACAAUAUCAAAUACCCGUGCGAUCGUUACCUAUUAGCCGCAGCGCACAGUAGUUUAAGGAUUGAAAUUGUUAUAACUGUUCUAAAGGCUAUUCUUGUAUUAGGAAAUUCUGCUGAAAAACGAAAUACAGAAGCUUUGAAAGCAAAAGGCGAUGCAAAAGGAGAGAUCAGUAUCACUGAUAUCUUAGGACGAAUAGAUGGCGAAGAAGAAUUGGGUGACUUUGGUAUUAUGAAUCCUUUGUCAUCAAAGACUGGAAUUAUGGAAAAGGCAGGUCUGAGUGAAGCUGCAAAAUACGCUUUAAGACAGAUCUGUGGCCAGCAAUGGGUUCACGACCGAUGUUUACGUGGUUUUAUGAUUGAUCCGGAAAUACUAAAUAAACUACUAUUGGAUCCAAAGUUAACGCACAAAGAGGCUCAGCAUCUUUUAAAUAUGAUUUGUCACCCGAAGUUGAUUGCCAUGCAUUCACUUCAAGAGAUGGAUUCCGACCAAAAGAUAUCAAUCGCCAAAAUAUUGCAAAAUCUGGACGAGUGGUCCAUUAGAGUCUCAUGGCUUCAGUUACAACUCAUGUACGCUCAGUCACAGAAUGAAGUGAAUACAUGGUUAGAGAAUGUGGCCAAAGCUACUGUCGAUUACUUUCAAAACUCAUCCGAAGAGAUGGCCAAAUAUCCACACAAUAUUUCACAAUUAACUUUGUUUAGUCCGAAAAGUGGUCCCAAACAAGCAUUUUACAAACAAUCCAAUCGUAUGAGUGAUAGUCACAACCAAAGGGACAGAGUUUGGCUAAUAGCACCUCUUAUAUCGAAAUUGCCGACAACUGUUGAGGGAAAGAUACUGAAAGUUGCCGCUAAUGUACUCGAAUCGGGCAAUUGGAUGACCAACGCAACCAAUCAGUCAUUUCAAGGCUCAUCGUAUUCAUCAAAAAAUAAAGACCGAAGUUUUCAACAGCAGAAGAACUCAUCGAAUAAUUCAUGCAAUUCUAGCCCUCCGUCUCUAUUAAGUCAUUCGCCAUUUCUAUCAUUGCUUUUAAUGUGUUUGAAAGGACAGGACGACCAAAGGGAAAGUCUAUUGAAUUCACUUUAUAAUCAAAUAUCUCAGACUAUUAACGAUAAACUUUGCGACGAUUUAAAAGCCAAACACUCGAUCCAAGAGGGCCUACAAUUGCGACUGAGUCUCGUCGGUGGUAUGUUUGAUAUGAUUCGACGAUCGACAUCAUUGAUCAACGACUGGGCUGUACUACUGAUGCAAUUAAUUAGCUUUACUAUCAUUGAUCCACAAAUCAAUAACGAAGUCUUUACAACCGUAACGGAUAUGUUAACAAUACUGAUGCACACGACUCAAGUAUCGGACUCUUCUGAAGCGCGCGAAGAAACCAAAAAACAUUAUCAAAAUCUGAUUAAAAAACUUAAAAAAGAGCUAAACAUUGAUCGGAUAACUUUGGGUAUAAAAAUGGUGCGACAAUUGUUGCCAAUUACCAAACAGAACUGUGAAGUAAUCAUUUGCGAACCAAUGGGUUCACUCAUUGACACUAAAGGCAACAAAAUUGCAGGAUUUGAUUCAAUCGAUAAGAAACAGGGACUACAAGUAGCAGACAAGCAAAAGGUGUCGCCUUGGGAUCUGAUGGAAGGCCAUAAAAACCCUUCACCUCUCAGUUGGACGUGGUUUGGGGCCAUACGUAUAGAACGAAAACCAUUGAGAGGUGAAGAGAAUAUUUACCUUAUGGCUCGUCACAGUCAUACUAUCCGAAAGCCUCUAUCGUUUUACUUGGAACCGCCACCCAUACCACCUGAAGAUGUCGAACCUAUACCGACACCAACAGUGGCACCGAUACCUAACGAACGAAUACCAAUACCUCACCAAAUGCCACAUCAAAUACCACACCAAAUGUCACACCAAAUGCCACAUCAAAUGCCGCCACAAAUGAUGCCGAACACCAUUCCCAACCAAAUAAUGCCAAACAUACCUAUGGAUGAUCCCAUGAGACGAACAGAUAUGAUAAUGGACAUUGGGCCCCGAGCACCCACUCCUAAGAAAGUUAAAAACCCACGCCGUAGAAGAAAUGCUAAGAAUGCCAAUGGAAACAGUGGCGCACAAACACCACCUAUUCGUAUGGCAUCAGGAGGUUAUGGCGAACCCCAAUACGCUCCACCUCCUCCUCCUCCACAACAGACUCAUCAAAAUGGACCUCCGAUGCAACAAAACUGGUACGGAUCGCAUCCACAACAGACCCAACCAGCAGCACCACCACCACCACAACAACAACAACAACAAAUGCCUUCCCAAACACAGCAACAAUAUUUUUCUCAACAGCAAAUGGUUAGUGCACAGCGUUUUCAAGAUCCGGUGCGACCCGUGGGUCACUCUAAGGGUGCUCUAAAAGCGAUGCUUAGCACAAGGCAUCCACAACAGCAAUUCAAUGCCGGACCUAAUAUGCAAUCAAUGAAUCAACCGAUGAUCAACCAAAACGUUGGUCAACAACCCAUAUAUCAACAAAGACAACCAGUGAUGUCCAUCAGGGCUCAAAUGAGAGGGCCAUCAGCACCUCAAAUGCAACAAUUGAAUUCAUCUCAAAAUCAAAUAUAUCAAAUGCAGAGUCAACCCAAUCAAAUGCCAAACCAAUCGCAACCAAUGCAUCACAUGAGUGUCCAACAGCAGAAUAGUUACGGGGGACCACCAAACAUGUCGUUUCCCAAUCAAAUACCUAUGCAAGCCAUGGAACAGACAGGAGGCCCGAUGACUGGUGGACCACAAGGAGGUCAUCCACCACCCAGUUAUCAACAUCCCAAUCAGCACACACCGCAAAAUGCAAUGAUGAUGAGGCCACAGAUGGUUAGUCAACCGCAACAAAUGGUUAACCAACAAACCAAUCAACAGUUUAUGGCUCAAAGGUCUCAAUAUCAGACAAUGCAAGCGGCGCCCAAUGUUACGAUGGGUCAGAUGAGUCAACCGAAUCAAUUCAAUCAAAACAACUCAAUGCAACAAAUGGUGUCCAACACGGGUGGCCCACACAUGAAUCAGUGGCAAACAAGUGGUCAACGACCUCAACAAAUGGUCUCACAAUUGCAGAGACAACUGUCCGGUAAUAAUCAACAACACAAUACUUAUCAUCAAAAUCAGUACUAAAUAAAUAACAAUCUAUUAAUGUAAUUAAUUUUAAGUAUAACGGUAAUUAAUUUUACCGAAUAAUAGUUUUUAUUAAUUUAAAUUAUGUGAAAUUAUUUUUUUGUCAAU